CCCGCCGCCCUACGCCUCCGUUCUCUGCUAGAUCCGAGCCGACCCCGAUCGACCGCCGCGACUGCAAGGCAAGAGCUUUGAAUCUAGUUGAAGGGGACGAAAAGCAACAACCAUGGCAUCUCGUUUUUGGGGACAGGGAGACAGUGACUCCGACGAUGAUCUGGAGGAGAUUGAGUCAGAACAAGGGAGCGAUAGCGAAAAAUCAGAAGCUGGUGAUGGGGAACGUGGUGGUGCUGCCAAGAACCGCUACUUGAACGAUCUUGACAGCGAUGAUUCUGAUACUGAGAAGACUCGUGUGAUUCGCUCGUUGAAGGACAAGCGCAAUGAUGAGAUGAGGGCUACUGCUGAGCAGAUGCGCAAUGCAGUGAAGAUCAAUGACUGGCUUAGCUUGCAUGACGGUUUUGACAAGCUCAACAAGCAGCUUGAGAAGGUUGUUCGUGUCAACGAGUCUACCAAAAUCCCAAAUAUAUAUAUCACGACUCUUGUAUUACUCGACGACUUCGUUGCCGACACUUUUGCAAAGAAGGAUACCAAGAAGAUGAGCAGCAGCAACUCAAAGGCUCUCAAUGCGGUGAAACAAAAACUUAGGAAGAACAAUAGGCAAUAUGAAGACCUGAUCAAGAAGUGCAGAGAGAAUCCAGCAAGUUUUGAAGAGGAUGUUGCAGGUGAGGAGGAUCCAGAUAGUGGGGAGAGUAGCGAUAGUGACGGAGAGGUUGUGGAUCCUGAUAACAUGCCUAGGUCUGAAUCGGAUGAGUCGGGAAAGGAAGAUGAUGAGGCUGAGGAGGGUGGAGCCUGGGAAAAGAAGUUGAGCAAGAAAGAUAAGAUUAUGGACAAACAGUUCUUGAAAGCCCCGAGUGAGAUUACUUGGGAUAUUGUUGAUAAAAAGCUCAAGGAGAUUGUGGCAUCGAGGGGUAAGAAGGGUACUGGGAGAAUUGAACGUGUGGAGCAGCUAACGUUUUUGACUCGUGUGGCAAAAACACCUGCCCAGAAGCUUGAAAUUCUUUUUCAUGUGAUCUCUGCCCAGUUUGAUGUUAACCCCAGCCUCCUUGGUCAUAUGCCGACCAAUGUGUGGAAGAAGUGUGUUGAUAAUAUGCUUCUUGUGCUUGAUAUACUGCAACAGUAUCCUAAUAUUGUAGUGAACACCUCAGUGGAGCCUGACGAGAAGGAAACUCAGAAGGGUGCUGACUAUGAUGGAACUAUCCACGUUACUGGUGACCUGGUUGCAUUCCUGGAGAGAAUUGACUCCGACUUUAUCAAGAGUUUACAGGGCAGUGAUCCAUAUACCAAAGAUUAUGUUCAGAGGCUUAGAGAUGAACCCUUGUUUUUGGUGGUUGCACAGAAUGUACAGGAUUACCAGGAAAGGGUUGGGAACUUUAAGGCUGCUGCGAAGGUUGCAUUACGUCAUGUUGAACUAGUCUACUACAAACCUCAAGAAGUGUAUGAUUCAAUGAGGAAACUGGCUGAGCAAACUGAAGUUAGCAUGGAUAUUGGAGAUACUGAGGCAGGUGAGGAGCAUCAAGCAGCUGAUGACAAUAAGGGUCCCCCACCGUUUGUUGUGAUUCCGGAGGUUGUGCCUAGGAAGCCUACUUUCCCACAAAGCAACAGAGCUUUGAUGGAUGAUCUGAUGUCUCUGAUUUACAAGUAUGGAGAUGAAAGGACCAAAGCCCGGGCAAUGCUGUGUCACAUAUAUCACUAUGCAAUUUCUGAUGAAUUUUCAGUGGCUCGUGACAUGCUCUUAAUGAGUCGUUUACAAGAUGGGGUUCAACUUAUGGACAUACCAUCACAGGUUUUAUUCAAUAGGGCCAUGGCCCAAUUGGGGCUAUGUGCUUUCAGGGCUGGUUUGAUCGCUGAAGCUCAUAGUUGCCUGUCUGAGUUAUAUUCAACUGGGAGAGUGAAAGAGUUGCUUGCGCAAGGAGUACAACAUAGCAGAUACCAUGAAAAAACUCCUGAACAGGAAAGAAUUGAGAGGAGAAGAAUGAUGCCUUAUCAUAUGCAUAUAAACCUUGAACAUUUGGAAGCCACACACUUGGUUUGUGCUAUGCUAAUUGAGGUCCCAAAUAUGGCUGCCAGUACUUUCGAUAAGCGGAGGCCUAUGAGCAAAACAUUCCGCAGACUUCUUGAAAUGAGCGAGAGACAGACUUUUGUUGGCCCUCCGGAAACUGUGAGGGAUCAUCUAUUGGCUGCCACGAGAGCCCUCAUUAAGGGGGAUCAUGAGAAGGCUUUCAGUAUCAUCAAUUCACUCGAUACCUGGAAGCUUUUGAGGAACAAGGACCAUAUUCUUGAGAUGCUGAAGCUUAAGAUCAAGGAAGAGGCUCUCAGAACCUAUUUGUUCUCUUACCCCUCGUGCUAUGACUCUCUGAGCCUUCACCAGCUCACUACCAUGUUUGACCUGAGUGAGCAAGAGGUUCAUGGAAUUGUUAGCAAGAUGAUGAUGCAUGAGGAGCUUCAUGCAAGCUGGGACCAACUAACUAGUUGCAUCAUUUUCCAUAACGUGGAUCAAACUAGGCUACAGGGACUACUCUUCCAGAUGGCGGAUAGAAUCUCUGUCCUUGUGGAGAGCAACGAGCGGGCAUAUGAGGCUAGGACUGGUGCGGCACUUGAGGGUUUACCGACCAAGCGUAGGGGUGAUGGUCAAGACUCAUCUGGUUUGGGCAAGUGGCAAGAGAAUUUUGUGUCAUCACAAGGAGGGCGGCGAGGCGGUGGGAGGUUUGGUUUUGCUGGCCGAGGCUCUGGACGUGGUGGUGGCUACCAGAAUGACAGGUCCCAAAAUGACAGGAGUGGUCAGGGUAACCGUGGAGGAUAUGGUGGUGUUGGUGUUUCGCGGUUCCAAGAUGGAAGGGCACGCGCACAGUCCGGCAGAGGGGAUGGGAGUGCACGCAUGGUAAGCCUGAGCAGGCCUGGUAGAGAUUUCAUACACUAGACAUAGUUUUCUUAUCAAGGCGUAUCAAGUUUUGAAGCACUGGUUUGUGCGCCAUUUAGAAAUCCUCCACCGUUUUGAGUCUGAACCGUUUACUAGAUUUCUUUUUAAGCUUUUAGUUUGAUGAAACUGCUAGGAAACUCGAGCCAAGAUAAUCUGCUUUGUGUCCUGGAAUAGAGGGUUAUGUGCUCACUCCUA